AUGCUGCGCUGCCUGCUGCUCGGAGCCUCCAGCCUCCCCAACCUGGAGAAGCGGGACAAGCAGAGCGACCCCGUGGCCAGCCUGACUUUCCGAGGUGUGAAGAAGAGAACCAAAGUGAUCAAGAACAACGUGAACCCUGUGUGGAAUGAGGGGUUUGACUGGGAUCUGAAAGGAAUUCCCUUAGACCAGAAUGCCGAGCUCACUGUUGUUGUCAAAGACCAUGAGACUGUUGGAAGAAACAGGUUUUUGGGGGAAGCCCGAGUGCCCCUGCAGGACGUCCUGGGCUCUCCCACCCUGACUGCCAGCUUUAAUGCCCCCCUGCUGGACACCAAGAGGCAGAGCACUGGGGCCUUCCUCAACCUGCAGGUUUCCUACAUUCCUCCACCUGGGGCCGCUCCUCUGUUCCCACCGCCUAAUCCUCCGGAGCCAACACCGUCCACAGCUGAGCUCGACACCGUCACCGAUACAGCCGGGGAGGAAGACACCGAAGACCAGAUAGUGACAGGGGAUGAGACGGAGCCUUCCACAGGGCCCUCUGGGUCGGAGCAGCCCACGCUCCCCCGGAAGCCUCCUUCACACCACGUCCAUGGGAUUAAGAGGAGGAAAAGCGCCCCGAAAAAGCUGCUGUCCAACAAACCGCAGGACUUCCAGAUCAGGGUGCGAGUCAUAGAGGGCAGGCAGCUUCCCGGUGUCAACAUCAAAUCGGUGGUGAAAGUCACGGUUGCCGGACAGACGAAAAGAACUAGGAUCCGCAAAGGGAAUGGCCCGUUCUUCGACGAGAUCUUUUUCUUCAAUGUCUUUGAAUCUCCGGCUGAGCUGUUUGAUGAGCCCAUAUUCAUCACGGUUGUUGAUUCCCGGUCUCUCCGGACAGACUCUGUGAUUGGGGAAUUUCGGCUGGAUGUCGGGACAGUUUAUGCAGAACCAAAGCAUGCCUUGCUCAGGAAGUGGCUGCUUCUUUCUGACUCCGAAGACUUUUCUGCUGGGGCCAAAGGUUACGUGAAAGUCAGCCUGUUUGUGCUGGGACCUGGCGACGAAGCUCCCCUGGAGAAGAAAGAAGUCGCUGAAGAGAAGGAAGAUAUUGAGGGGAAUCUUCUGCGCCCAACUGGGGUCACGCUGAGAGGGGCUCACUUCUGCCUGAAAAUUUACAGAGCUGAAGACUUGCCCCAGAUGGACGAUGCCGUCCUGGACAAUGUCAAGCAGAUCUUCGGCUUUGAGAGCAACAAGAAGAACCUGGUCGAUCCAUUUGUGGAAGUCAGCUUUGCCGGCAGAACGAUCAGCUCUAAGAUCCUGGAGAAGAACGCCAACCCCCAGUGGAACCAGCGCAUCACCGUGCCAGCCAUGUUUCCUUCCAUGUGUGAGAAAAUGAGGAUCCGGGUCAUGGAUUGGGACCGUGUCACUCACAACGAUGUCAUCGGCACAACCCACCUGCGCAUGUCUCAAAUCUCCGCCCCAGGAGGAGAACUGGAAGUGGAUGACGGGCUGGGAUUCCUGCCAACGUUUGGGCCCUGUUACGUAAACCUUUACGGCAGCCCGAGGGAAUUUACCGGGUUUCCAGAUCCCUACGAGGAACUCAACAUGGGAAAGGGAGAGGGAGUGGCCUUUCGGGGCAGGUUGCUGAUGGAGCUGGAGACAAAACUGGUGGAACAUAUUGAGCAGAAGUUGGAGGACAUCCCGCCUGACGAUAUUCUACGGCUAGAGAAGCACCUGCGGCGGCGCAAGUACUGCCUCUUCGCCGCCUUCUACUCGGCCAGCAUGCUUCAGGACGUCGACGCCGCCAUCCAGUUCGAAGUCAGCAUCGGCAACUACGGCAACAAGUUUGACAACACGUGCCUGCCGCUGGCCUCCGCCACGCAGUACAGCGGGGCUGUGUUUGACGGUUGCCAGUAUUACUACCUCCCCUGGGGCAAUGUGAAGCCCGUGGUGGUGCUGUCGUCCUACUGGGAGGAUAUCAGCCACAGAACGGACAUGCAGAACCUUCUCCAACGCACUGCAGACAGGCUGGAAGCAGGCUUGGAGCUGGUCCACCUUGCGCUCAAGGCCAAGUGCUCAUCAAAUGACUUGGAUUCAUUGGUUUCCCAGUUGAUUGAUGACAUCAUCGCGGACUGCAGCCAGCCGCUAGUCGAUGUCAGCGACAAGACAGCCAGCACCCAUCUGGAUCAGAACAUGUACAAAUUCCGCAGCACCAACCUGCACCAGAUUGUCCAGGCAGCUCUGAACCUGAAGCACGAGGAUUCUGACCUCCAGACAGUGCUGGACCAGGCUGAGGACUGGCUCUUGAGACUAAAAGCCAUGGCAGAGGAGCCCCAGAACAGCCUGCCAGACAUAGUGAUCUGGAUGCUUCGAGGAGACAAGCGCGUGGCUUACGCCCGGGUGCCAGCCCAUGAAGUUCUUUUCUCCAGGACCGGCGCCAACUGCUGUGGCAAGAACUGUGGGAAACUUCAGACGAUAUUUUUGAAAUACCCACAGGAAGAGGCCACGGGCCCCAGGAUCCCGGCCCAGGUGCGGGUUCAGCUCUGGUUUGGGCUGGCUGUAGACGAGAAGGAGUUUAACAAGUACGCGGAAGGGAAGCUCUCCGUCUUUGCAGAAACCUAUGAGAACCAGGUGAAGCUGGCGCUGGUUGGGAACUGGGGGACGACUGGCCUGACCUACCCCAAAUACAGUGACGUGACCGGCAAAAUCAAACUGCCUAAGGACAGUUUCCGUCCCUCCGUCGGCUGGACGUGGGCCGGGGACUGGUUCAUCAGCCCAGAGAAGACGUUACUUUACGACACGGACGCCGGUCACAUGAGCUUUGUAGAGGAAGUGUUUGAGAAUCAAGUUCGGCUUCCUGGAGGCCAGUGGAUCCACAUGGCUGACGCCUACACGGAUGUGAACGGGGAGAAAGUGCUUCCUAAGGAGGAGAUCGAGUGUCCCCCAGGGUGGAAAUGGGAAGACGUGGAAUGGGACACGGAUCUCAACCGAGCGGUUGAUGAGAGAGGCUGGGAGUACGGCAUCGCUAUCCCGCCAGACCGCAAGCCCAAGGCCUGGGUGCCGGCAGAGAAGAUGUACCACACUAGCCGGCGCCGGAGGUGGGUGCGGCUCCGCAGGAGGGACCUUAAGCAGAUGGAGGCUCUGAAAAAGCACAAGCAGGAGGAGUUGGAAGGUGAGGGCUGGGAAUACGCCUCUCUCUUUGGCUGGAAGUUCCACCUCAACUACCGCAAGACGGACACCUUCCGCCGCCGUCGCUGGAGGCGCCGCAUGGAGCCGCUGGAGCGCACCGGAGCGGCCGCUGUCUUUGCCCUGGAGGGCGCUUUGGGAGGCGUGACAGACGACAAGAGCGACGAUGGCAAAUCGGUUUCGACCUUGAGCUUCGGCGUCAACAGACCCACCAUCUCCUGCAUAUUUGAUUAUGGAAGCAGAUACCACCUGCGUUGCUACAUAUACCAAGCUCGGGAUCUGAUCGCCAUGGACAAGGACAGUUUUUCGGAUCCGUACGCCAUCGUCUCCUUCCUCCACCAAAGCCAGAAGACGGUGGUGGUGAAGAACACCUUGAAUCCCCUCUGGGACCAGACUCUCAUCUUCUACGAGAUCGAGAUCUUUGGGGAUCCCCAGAAUGUUGCUGACGUCCCCCCCAACAUCGUUGUGGAGAUUUACGACCACGACACCUAUGGCGCGGACGAGUUCAUGGGCCGCUGCAUUUGCAAACCCAGCUUGGAGCGCUCCCCGAGACUGUCCUGGCAUCCUGUCGCUAGGGGGAACAGAAAGGCAGGAGAGCUGCUCGCCGCUUUCGAACUGAUUCAGAGAGAAAAGCCGGCUGUUCACCAUCUCCCUGGCUUCGAGGUAACCGAGCUGUCCGCCAGUCUGGAUGAGUCUGCAGACUCGGACCUGCCCUACCCUCCGCCCCAGCGGGAGCCCAACAUUUACAUGGUCCCGCAAGGGAUCAAACCGGUGCUCCAGCGCACCGCCAUGGAGAUCUUGGCCUGGGGGCUGAGGAACCUGAAGAGCUAUCAGCUGGCCAGCAUCACCUCCCCCAGCCUCCAGGUGGAGUGCGGAGGCCAGAUGGUUCAGUCCUGUGUCAUCAAGAACGUCAGGAAGAACCCCAACUUCGACGUCUGCGUGCUCUUCAUGGAAGUGCGCCUACCCAAGGAAGCUCUGUACUGCCCUCCUGUCAUCAUCAAAGUCAUCGACAACAGACAGUUUGGCCGAAAGCCCGUGGUGGGCCAGUGCACCAUCCGGUCCCUUGAGGAGUUCUACUGCGACCCGUACAGAGAGGAAACCGACACCCCCGAGGAACAGCCAGAUGAGGUGAGCCUCACCCCCAGAGACGACGUCCUCAUUGAUAUUGACGACAAGGAGCCUCUGAUUCCUGUCCAGCUUGCAGAGGGCAUGACCAGCUCCGCUCUAAUUAACAUGCCAGCUUCUCGGGCCGAUCUCCAUGAGGAAGAGUUCAUCGACUGGUGGAGCAAGUUCUACGCUUCGACGGGGGAGAGAGAGAAAUGCGGCGGCUACUUAGAGAAGGGCUUUGACACACUGAAGGUCUACGAGACAGAGCUGGAGAAUAUGGAGGAAUUUGAGAGGCUCUCCGACUUCUGCCACACCUUCAAGCUCUACCGCGGCAGAACGCAGGACGCUAGCGAAGAUCCCUCGGUGGUGGGGGAAUUCAAGGGCUCGUUCAAAAUGUACCCCCUCCCGGAUGACCCAAGAGUGCCGGUUCCACCACGCCAGUUCCAUCAGCUCCCAGCCAAAGGACCCCAGGAGUGUCUCAUCAGGAUCUACAUCAUCCGUGCCUUCGACUUGCAACCCAAGGACUCCAACGGAAAGUGUGACCCCUACGUGAAGAUUUCGGUGGGAAAGAAAUCCAUAAAUGACCAGGACAAUUACAUCCCGUGCACGCUGGAGCCCGUCUUCGGAAAGAUGUUUGAGCUGACCUGCACUCUGCCUUUGGAGAAGGACCUGAAGGUUACUCUCUAUGACUACGACCUCUUGUCGAAGGAUGAGAAGAUUGGCGAGACCGUCAUAGACCUGGAGAACCGGUUUUUGUCAAAAUUCGGGGCCCGGUGCGGCCUGCCCCAGACCUACUGCAUUUCUGGACCCAACCAGUGGCGAGACCAGCUCCGACCUUCCCAACUGCUCCAUCUCUUCUCCCUGCAACGCAACUGCAAAGCUCCCAUCUACAAGCCAGACCGGGUCAUAUUCAGGGAGCAGGAGUAUGUCCUCUCUGAGUUCGAGGAUGGCAAGCCCCUCAACCCACACCUGGGAGCACCGGAGGAGCGGCUCGCCCUGUAUGCGCUGCAGAAGCAGGGCCUGGUGCCUGAGCACGUGGAGACGAGGCCUCUCUACAGCCCGCUGCAGCCUGAAAUUGAGCAGGGAAAGCUACAGAUGUGGGUAGACUUGUUUCCGAAGUCUCUGGGUCUGCCUGGACCUCCAUUCAAUAUCACGCCGCGCCGAGCAAAAAGGUUCUUCUUGCGCUGCAUUAUCUGGAACACCAAAGACGUGAUCCUAGAUGACCUCAGCAUCACUGGAGAGAAGAUGAGCGACAUCUACGUGAAAGGCUGGAUGAUUGGCCACGAGGAGAACAAACAGAAGACCGAUGUGCAUUACCGGUCUAUGGGAGGCGAAGGGAAUUUCAACUGGAGAUUCGUCUUCCCCUUUGACUACCUUCCCGCUGAGCAAGUCUGUCACAUUGCUAAAAAGGAGCACUUCUGGAGCUUGGACAAGACGGACAAUAAGGUCCCACCCCAGCUUAUCCUCCAGAUCUGGGACAAUGACAAAUUCUCUUUUGAUGACUACUUGGGUUCUGUUCAGAUGAACCUCAACCGGAUGCCAGCACCCGCCAAGACGGCUGAGAAGUGCUCCUUAAACCUCCUGGAUGAGACCUUGUCCUCUGACCGAUUUGUGUCGCUCUUUGAGCAGAAAGCUGUCAAGGGCUGGUGGCCCUGUGUUGUGGAGGCAGAAGAGAAGAAGACCAUAGCAGGUAAGUUGGAAAUGACCUUGGAGAUUGUGACAGAGCAGGAGCAGGAAGAAAGGCCGGCAGGGAUGGGCCGCGAUGAGCCAAACAUGAACCCGAAGUUGGAGGACCCCAAGCGCCCGGAAACCUCCUUCCUGUGGUUCACCUCCCCCUACAAAACCAUGAAGUACAUCCUGUGGCGGCGCUUCAAGUGGGUCUUUCUCAUCGCCGUCGUGAUCUUCAUCCUGCUGCUCUUCAUCGGGAUUUUCAUCUACGCCUUCCCGAACUACGCUGCUAUGAAACUGGUCAAACCUUUCAGCUGAACCGGCACUGGCAAGUGCCAGAGAGUCUAGUACAUCCUGGGAUACUGCGCGGCACCGUUUGACAUCAGUGACCACUCCUCGUCGGCCUGCGUUGCAGUACAGAGAAGGAAAAGAAACACAUGCUCUCGGAUGCUAGACUGUUGCCAAAAAGCAGCUAUACCUUUGCAAUGCUGAAGUAUGCACCAUAACGUUUCAGAAGCAGCGUUUGGAAUAGUUGUUAUUUUACCUUUGUUUUAUACGCUGCAUUCUGUAAAGCUUGAAUAUCAAUGCACCACUGAGAAAGGGCCUUGUUUGGUAGGGCGUGGUUAGGCUGC